GAGGCGAUCAGUGUCAAGUGGUACGCAGCAGAAGCAGUAGUAGUCUCUCCCAAGAGACCUAUCGAUCCAUCUCCUUCUAGCUAGCUAGGAGUCUUUGUUUAUAGAGCAGGCCAGACCAGUAUCACACUGAGCUAGUACCUUUGCCCAGCUUCAGGCUUAUUCGAUCCCUCGAUCACCGAAGAUGGCUGCCGUUGGGAGCCCUUUGAUCUUCGCUGUGGGCAUCGUAGGCAACAUCAUGUCGUUCCUGGUGAUCCUUGCGCCGGUGCCGACGUUCUACCGCGUGUACAAGCGCAAGUCGACGGAGUCGUUCCAGUCGGUGCCCUACGCCAUGGCGCUGCUGAGCGCAAUGCUGUGGCUCUACUAUGCGCUGCUCCACAAGGACCUCCUCCUCCUCACCAUCAACGUCGUGGGGACCGUCGUGGAGACCGUCUACCUUUCCAUCUACCUCGCCUACGCGCCCAAGCCGGCCAGGGCCUUCACCCUCAAGCUCGUGGGCACCAUGAACCUGGCGCUCUACGGGGCCAUGGUCGUUGUCCUGCAGUUCUGCAUCAGGGACGCCGAGACCCGCGUCACCAUCGCCGGCGGCAUCGGGUCUGCAUUCGCCCUCGCCGUCUUCGUCGCCCCACUCGCCAUCAUCAGGCAAGUGAUCAGGACCAAGAGCGUGGAGUUCCUGCCCUUCUGGCUCUCCUUCUUCCUCACAAUCAGCGCCAUCGUCUGGUUCUUCUACGGCCUGCUCAUGAAAGAUUUCUUCGUAGCGACGCCGAACGUGCUGGGGCUGCUUUUCGGGCUGGCCCAGAUGGCGCUCCACCUGGUGUACAAGAACCCGAAGAAGAACGGCGCCGUGUCAGAGGUGCUGCCAGCGGACGCCGAGAAGGCGCAGGUACAGCUUCAGCAGCAGCAGAAAGAGGAGGCGGCGCCCGUCGUUGUCGCGGCGACCGUCGACGCCGACGGGGAGGUAGUGCAAGGCAGGGACGACCACGACGACAUGCGGCAGAGCGUGGCCGUCGUGGACAUCACGCUGCCGCCGCCCGAAGAGCACCCUGUGAUGCCGCAGCUCGAGCAGCCGGCGCCGCUGCCGCCCAUGAGGAUGGCCGUGGAGGUGGUCUGAUGAUCUUCUGCCUGUCGAUCGAUCUACCUACAUGACACUGACGACCUGACUUAUCUGCCUGAUCAUCGACGCGCGCCACGCCGCCAUGCAUGGAUACAUCUCUAUGUGUAGGUCGCUAAAUCUAAGUUCGUUUUAAUUCGCAUAGGUAGUACGCACGUACGUAUAUGUAGCAGGUGUCGGUUCCAUGCAACCUGAUCUCAUUGACGCAUGGAUUGGCGAAAAUGGAGUCAUGAGUCGUGGACUCGUGUAAACUGUACGUAGACCAUGUGUGUGGGUGUAUGCCGGCCUGGCAGCGUAAAGCUGGAUGCACGUUUGUACUAGCAUGCCUUUGUUUACCCUCUCCGAUCAAUAAAAAGCUCAUGUAUCCUCUUGUUUCUCCA